GUGGAAAACAAAAAUAAUAGUGAAUGUUUAGAGUGCAAUGGUUUACAUAGAAGUGUGUUGGACUGGCUGAGCACGCAAGUAGUAUGGCCAGAGCUAACUAAUUCAGAUGCACUGUGCAGGCAGUUUACACAGAACAUAAAAAAACUAGAGUGGAAGAAUAAUAAUGUAAAUCCAAAUAUAAUUAAAACUCAGCAGCAGAUCAGCAUUAUUAUAAAGAGUCCAGUGGACAAGAAGGUAAUAUAUACAGUGGAAUUAGAGCAGGAAAAAGCAUACACAAUAUUUCGGGCGGGUAAUAUUAGUGUGGAGAAGAGGGAAGUAUACCUAAUUGAUGGCAAAAAAGUCAUGAUAUUACCAAUCCAAACUUUAUCUACUAGUACUAAAAACAUUUCUAUAGAGCACAAGAAGGGCAUGAAUAAUAUACAAAAUUCACAAAAAAUUGAGUGCAAAGUUGAAAUUAUACAGGACUUAGAGGUUGUGCAUGCUAAAACCGCCAGAAAUGAGAAUAAUAUUAAAACAAAAAUUAUGUCUGCACAGAUACAGAAGAGCUUUACUAUGAUAAUUAAAAAAAGAUCACUAUACCACAAAGACGAGACUGUUAAAUUGUCCUGGCUGUUUGGGUAGCUGCUGAUAUUUGAAUGUACUCCAAUGGUUCCUUCUGUAGCCAGAGGAGUUAUUCUAUUUUUUCUUAUGCUAAUGGUUUUUUGCUCGAGUAUUAUUCAUUACUAGAGACUGUAUAAAGAAGUAGCAAUAAAAAUUAAAGUGUACUUUAUUCCAUAGCUUAUAAUUACGACAGUUGUUCUGCCAAGGGCGUGCAAACCCACAGCAGGGCGCCAGAAGAUGUAUUGGAUAGCCACUAUAUAUAUUGCACAUUCUUCUGUUUGCUCUAUUCGUACAUGCUUUAUAUCUAGUCCUCAAAGCA